ACUACAGCUCCAGAACCUAUUACGACAACCACUGCAACUCCUACUACAACAACUACAACUUCAGCUCCUACGACAACCACAACAACAGCACCUACAACAACUGUAGCUGCCAUGAAAACUGCAGCUCCUACAACAGCUAUAGCAUCUACAACAACCAAUGCAGCCCUAACAACAACAACUGCUGCUCCUACAACCACUACAGCUCCAGAACCUAUUACGACAAACACUGCAGUUCCUGCUACAACAACUACAACUUCAGCUCCGACAACAACCACAACAACAGCACCUCCAACAACUGCUGCUCCUACGACCACUGUAACUCCACAAUCUACUACGACAACCAGUGCAGCUCCUACUACAACAACUGCUGUUCUAACGACCACAGUGACUGCAGCACCUUCUACAAUAACGACAACUUCAGCUCCUACGACAACCACAACAACAGCACCUACAACAACUGUAGCUGCCACGACAACUGCAGCUCCUACAACAGCUAUAGCAUCUACGACAACCACUGCAGCCCUGACAACAACAACUGCUGUUCCUACGACCACUACAGCUCCAGAACCUAUUACGACAACCACUGCAACUCCUACUACAACAACUACAACUUCAGCUCCUACGACAACCACAACAACAGCACCUACAACAACUGUAGCUGCCAUGACAACUGCAGCUCCUACAACAGCUAUAGCAUCUACAACAACCAAUGCAGCCCUAACAACAACAACUGCUGCUCCUACGACCACUACAGCUCCAGAACCUAUUACGACAACCACUGCAGUUCCUGCUACAACAACUACAACUUCAGCUCCUACGACACACCUCCAAAAACUUACGACCACUUCAGCUCCAGAACCUAUUACGACAACCACUGCAGCUCCUGCUACAACAACUACAACAACUACAACUUCAGCUCCGACAACAACCACAACAACAGCACCUCCAACAACUGCUGCUCCUACGACCACUGUAACUACACAACCUACUACGACAACCACACCUUCUACAACAACUACAACUUCAGCUCCUACGACAACCACAACAGCUACAACAACUGCAGCUCCUACAACAACUUUAUCAUUCACUUCAACCACAGCAGCUGCCUCUACGACAACCACUGCAGCUCUAACUACAACAACUGCUGCUCAAACGACCACUACAACUCCAGAACCUAUUACGACAACCACUGCAGCUCCUGCUACAACAACUACAUCUUCAGCUCCUACAACAACCACAACAGAUACACCUACAACAACUGUAGCUCCCACGACAACUGCAGCUCCUACAACAACUUUAUCAUCUACUUCAACCACAGCAGCUGCCUCUACGACAACCACUGCAGCUCUAACUACAACAACUGCUGCUCAAACGACCACUACAACUCCAGAACCUAUUACGACAACCACUGCAGCUCCUGCUACAACAACUACAUCUUCAGCUCCUACGACAACCACAACAGCUACAACAACUGUAGCUCCCACGACAACUGCAGCUCCUACAACAACUUUAUCAUCUACUUCAACCACAGCAGCUGCCUCUACGACAACCACUGCAGCUCUAACUACAACAACUGCUGCUCAAACGACCACUACAACUCCAGAACCUAUUACGACAACCACUACAGCUCCUGCUACAACUACAACUUCAGCUUCUACGACAACCACAACAACAGCAACUACAACAACUACAACAACUGCUGCUCAAACGACCACUACAACUCCAGAACCUAUUACGACAACCACUACAGCUCCUGCUACAACUACAACUUCAGCUCCUACAACAACCACAACAGCAGCAACUACAUGCAGCUCCUACGACAACAGCUGCUGUUCUAACGACCGAAGUGACUGCAGCACCUUCUACAACAACUACAAUUUCAGCUUCUACGACAAUCACAACAGUUUCACCUACAACAACUGUAGCUCCCACGACAACUGCAGCUCCUACAACAACUUUAUCAUCUACUUCAACCACAGCAGCUGCCUCUUCGACAGCCACUGCAGCUCUAACUACCACAACUGCUGCUCCUACGACCACUGCAACUCCAGAACCUAUUGCGAUAACCAGUGCAGCUCUUACGACAACAGCUGCUGUUCUAACGACCACAGUGACUGCAGCACCUUCUACAACAACUACAACUUCAGCUCGUACCACAACCACAACAGCUACACCUACAACAACUGUAGAUCCUACGACCACUGCAACUCCAGAACCUAUUACGACAAGCAGUGCAGCUCCUACGACAACAGCUGCUGUUCUAAAAACCACAGUGACUGCAGCACCUUCUACAACAACUACAACUUCAGCUCCUACGACGACCACAACAGCUACACCUACAACAACUGCAGCUCCUACAACAACUUUAUCAUCUACUUCAACCACAGCAGCUGCCUCUACGACAACUUCUGCAGCUCUAACUACAACAACUGCUGCUCAAACGACCACUACAACUCCAGAACCUAUUACGACAACCACUACACUCCUGAUACAACAACUGUAACUUCUACUACGACCACUUCAGCUCCAGAACCUAUUACGACAACCACUGCAGCUCCUGCUACAACAACUACAACAACUACAACUUCAGCUCCGACAACAACCACAACAACAGCACCUCCAACAACUGCUGCUCCUACGACCACUGUAACUACACAACCUACUACGACAACCAGUGCAGCUCCAACAACAACAACUGCUGUUCUAACGACCACAGUGACUGCAGCACAUUCUACAAUAAUGACAACUUCAGCUCCUACGACAACCACAACAGCUACAACAACUGCAGCUCCUACAACAACUUUAUCAUUCACUUCAACCACAGCAGCUGCCUCUACGACAACCACUGCAGCUCUAACUACAACAACUGCUGCUCAAACGACCACUACAACUCCAGAACCUAUUACGACAACCACUGCAGCUCCUGCUACAACAACUACAUCUUCAGCUCCUACGACAACCACAACAGCUACAACAACUGUAGCUCCCACGACAACUGCAGCUCCUACAACAACUUUAUCAUCUACUUCAACCACAGCAGCUGCCUCUACGACAACCACUGCAGCUCUAACUACAACAACUGCUGCUCAAACGACCACUACAACUCCAGAACCUAUUACGACAACCACUGCAGCUCCUGCUACAACAACUACAUCUUCAGCUCCUACGACAACCACAACAGCUACACCUACAACAACUGCUGCUCCUACGACCACUGCAACUCCAGAACCUAUUGCGACAACCAGUGCAGCUCCUACGACAACAACUGCUGUUCUCACGACCACAGUGACUGCAGCACCUUCUACAACAACUACAACUUCAGCUCCUACGACAACCACAACAGCUACAACAACUGCAGCUCCUACAACAACUUUAUCAUUCACUUCAACCACAGCAGCUGCCUCUACGACAACCACUGCAGCUCUAACUACAACAACUGCUGCUCAAACGACCACUUGCAGCUCUUACGACAACAACUGCUGUUCUCACGACCACAGUGACUGCAGCACCUUCUACAACAACUACAACUUCAGCUCCUACGACAACCACAACAGCUACACCUACAACAACUGUAGCUCCCACGACAACUGCAGCUCCUACAACAACUUUAUCAUCUACUUCAACCACAGCAGAUGCCUCUACAACAACACUGCACUUCUACCACAACACAACAGUUUCACCUACAACAACUGUAGCUCCCACGACAACUGCAGCUCCUACAACAACUUUAUCAUCUACUUCAACCACAGCAGCUGCCUCUUCGACAGCCACUGCAGCUCUAACUACCACAACUGCUGCUCCUACGACCACUGCAACUCCAGAACCUAUUGCGAUAACCAGUGCAGCUCUUACGACAACAGCUGCUGUUCUACACGACCACACAGCUGCCUCUUCGACAGCCACUGCAGCUCUAACUACAACAACUGCUGCUCCUACGACCACUGCAACUCCAGAACCUAUUGCGAUAACCAGUGCAGCUCUUACGACAACAACUGCUGUUCUCACGACCACAACCACAGUGACUGCAGCACCUUCUACAACAACUACAACUUCAGCUCGUACCACAACCACAACAGCUACACCUACAACAACUGUAGCUCCUACGACCACUGCAACUCCAGAACCUAUUACGACAAGCACAGCUGCCUCUUCGACAGCCACUGCAGCUCUAACUACAACAACUGCUGCUCCUACGACCACUGCAACUCCAGAACCUAUUGCGAUAACCAGUGCAGCUCUUACGACAACAACUGCUGUUCUCACGACCACAUGCAGCUCCUACGACAACAGCUGCUGUUCUACGACCACAGUGACUGCAGCACCUUCUACAACAACUACAAUUUCAGCUUCUACGACAAUCACAACAGCUUCACCUACAACAACUAUAGCUCCCAUGACAACUGCAGCUCCUACAACAACUUUAUCAUCUACUUCAACCACAGCAGCUGCCUCUACAACAACCACUGCAGCUCUAACUACAACAACUGCUGCUCCUACGACCACUGCAACUCCAGAACCUAUUGCGAUAACCAGUGCAGCUCUUACAACAACAACUGCUGUUCUCACGACCACAGUGACUGCAGCACCUUCUACAACAACUACAACUUCAGCUCCUACACCUACAACAACUGCAGCUCCUACAACAACUUUAUCAUCUACUUCAACCACAGCAGCUGCCUCUACGACAACUUCUGCAGCUCUAACUACAACAACUGCUGCUCCUACGACCACUGCAACCCCAGAACCUAUUACGACAAGCAGUGCAGCUCCUACGACAACAGCUGCUGUUCUAACGACCGAAGUGACUGCAGCACCUUCUACAACAACUACAAUUUCAGCUUCUACGACAAUCACAACAGCUUCACCUACAACAACUGUAGCUCCCAUGACAACUGCAGCUCCUACAACAACUUUAUCAUCUACUUCAACCACAGCAGCUGCCUCUACGACAACUUCUGCAGCUCUAACUACAACAACUGCUGCUCAAACGACCACUACAACUCCAGAACCUAUUACGACAACCACUGCAAACCUGUUCUCACCACAUGCAGCUCCUACGACAACAGCUGCUGUUCUAACGACCGAAGUGACUGCAGCACCUUCUACAACAACUACAAUUUCAGCUUCUACGACAAUCACAACAGCUUCACCUACAACAACUGUAGCUCCCACGACAACUGCAGCUCCUACAACAACUUUAUCAUCUACUUCAACCACAGCAGCUGCCUCUACAACAACCACUGCAACUACAACAACUGCUGCUCAAACGACCACUACAACUCCAGAACCUACAAACCACUACAGCUCCUGCUGCUCCUACGACAACCACAACAGCAGCAACUACAACAACUGUAG